ACGAUCUCUCUAUCUCUCUCUCUUUUAAAAAUUCAAAAACUUAGGAACUUUUUACAUUCACAAUCUUGCAGAUUCUUGCAUAUUUUCUUUCCUUUAACGAGCGCAAAAAAUCUGAGAUUUGUUAAAUAACCCAUUCUGAUUUCCGGAGUGAUUUUCAUUCAUGGCGUCUUCUCCAGCAAAGAACAAGAUCUCUGUUUCUCCUUCUUCUCUAUUCUCUUCCUCUUCGCCUUCAAUGCCUUCCAGACCAAACCCUAAGCAAAGAAACUCGGAAACCGGAGAUCUGAUGCGUCGCAGUUUCCGAGGCAAUCCAUUUUCGGCAGAUCCGUCCCGGAGAAACUCAAUCGGUAGAGAAUGCAGUAAUCGUGUUGAGAUUGGUGAUAAAGAGAAUCAGAACGACAAGGAUCAAAUCGCUAAUGUCGUCAAAGGUCCAACAAAAGGUUCCAAGCAUUUCAUGUCACCGACAAUUUCAGCCGUUUCCAAGAUCAAUCCAUCGCCGAGGAAGAAGAUCUUGUCUGAUAAAAACGAAGUGUCUCGAUCCUUUGACAAAUCCCAUCACCAGGUUCAGGUAAAGUCGUCUGUCUCGUUUUCUGAUGUGAUAAGCAUCAUUGGGGAAGAUAAAGAUGUAGACCAGAUUUGCAUCGAUGAAACUAAGCAGCUUCGUGAAGAGGAAUCACAUGAUAUUACUGUCAGUGAUUUCGAUGAGAUUCUUGAGAGGAAGAGUAAUGAUAAUUCAAGCUUCAAGAUCAGUCCUCUUCCUCCUUAUGUUCCAUGCACAUUUCCUGUGUUUGAGUCUCAUGAAGUGGAUCCAGUGGUGGCACCUUAUGAUCCAAAGAAGAAUUACUUGUCACCGAGGCCUCAGUUUCUCCAUUAUAAGCCAAAUCCAAAAAUUGAGCAUCGUUCUGAUGAGUGCAAGCAGCUUGAGGAGCUUUUCAUCUCUGAAAGCUCUUCUUCUGACACUGAUUUGUCUGCAGAACGAGAGGAGGAAGGUCAACAAGAGGAGGAAGUUGCUUCUCAGGAAGGUGUAGUUGCAGUAGAAGAACAAGAAGAUGAUGGUGAAGAGCGUUUGGAAGCCGCAGAGGAAAUUCUGGAUGUUGAUGGUGAAGAGCGUUUGGAAGCUGUAGAGAGUGAUGAUGAAGAAGAAGAAGUAGUAGUUGGCGAAAGCAUUGAAGAAGAAGAAACUCAUCAGAUUUCAAAACAGUCUCGUUUCAGCAAGACAUCCAUGUUGCUUGGUUGGAUUUUGGCUCUUGGUGUGGCGUAUCUGUUGUUGGUUUCUUCAACGACGUUUUCUCAACAAACCAUCACAGAUUCACCUUUCUAUCAGUUUAACAUCUCUCCAGAGAUCAUAAUGUCUGCUAGCGAGAACUUUGAGCAGUUGGGUGCAAAGCUGAGGAUGUGGGCAGAAUCAUCAUUUGUGUAUCUUGAUAAGCUGGUCUCAAGUCUACGAGAAGAGGAGGGAAGUGUUCCUUUUCAAUUUCAUAACUUGACAGUUCUUUUGGAAGACAAAAGGUUGUCUGAUGCUGUUUUCCAGUCAACUAGUGUUGAAAUCAUUGUUGAUGGGUUCAUAGUGGAUAGCUUAGAAGUGGAUAUAGAAGAAGUGAAUGUUGGUCAUCAGGAACCUGAAGAAGAAUCGGAAAACAGUGGUGAAAUCAGUCUUGAAGCUGUCUACGAAGAAGAUGAUAAUGAAGUCGAGCAGGAGAAUGAAGAAGGAAAGGUAAACUUAGAAAUUGUUGAUGAAUGUGAUGAGCAGGCUGAGAUCAAGAUAGCUACAGAUACAGAGGUGAACGGAGGUGAAAGGUAUUCAGAAUCUCUUUCUGAAGAAGGACAUGGUGGCCAAGAAACUGAUGUUGUUGAAGGGCAGGAAGAAUAUGAAGAAAAUGACCAGAAUAACAUGGAAGAAGCUGAAUCCGACGCACAACUGCUUGACGAUGUGCAGUCUGCUGCAAUCAGUAGUAACCAGCAAGAACAAACCGGAGUAGCCAAUGUUGAAACUGUACAAGAAGAAGAAGGUGUUGGGGAAAUUGCUGGAGGUAGCCUCAGUGUUUCAGAAGAAGCUACAGAUGUUGAACAUGACGGUAAUGAAGUAGAAGAAGAAGAGAGUGGGUUUGGUGAAGUUGUUAAUGAUGCAGGUUCGGAGGACAUUUUGUUGAGUGGCCAGAAGAAAGUGUUAGUCUUGUUUUCGACUAUGAUGGUUAUACUUGCAGCAGUAGCAGCUGGUUUCCUAUUAGCCAAGAAGAAGACAAAACCUGUGAUGCUGCAACAUGAAGAUGGCGAACCAACAGCAAUCUCUGCAACUAAAGUUGUCGAGCAUGUGCCAGUAGAGAAUCUGAUCAGAGAAAGGCUUUCUUCAUUGAAUUUCAAGGAAGAAGAAGAAGAAGUUGGUGAUGACAGAAAAAGAGAGGUAUCAUCAUUCCCUUCUGAGAUGAGUUUCAGCUUCAGUAAGAACAAACCAUUACACAGCUGCAGCAACAAGAAAGAUGAUCUUAAAGAACAUCAAAGCGGAGGAGGAGGCAAGAAGAGUAAUGAUAGCGGUGAAUCCAUGGCUUCCUCUGCAUCAGAGUACUCCAUAGGUUCUGUUUCAUAUGGAAGUUUCACAACAUAUGAGAAGAUACAAAAGAGAAGUGGUCACGAAGAGAAAGAGAUGAUAACACCUGUGAGACGUUCAAGCAGGAUCAGGAACCAUCAACAUUCUGGACAAUGAGUUAGAAUUAGCUUUUGACUUUAUGAUCUACUGAUUUGUAGGAAGGCUUUUCCAUCUCACUGAAGCUUAAUUAGUAUGUUGCUUUCUUAAUUAGUAGGUUUGAUUCUCUUCUUUAAAGUUUCUGGCUUUACUAUUUGUUUAAGACAUUGUACCCCAACCUUGUGGCCUAGUUUUAAUAAUAUUGUUCAUGUUAUCUGAAUCCUCUUCUUUGUAUCUUGCAAAAACGAUGGACAAUUUUC